ACCCGUAGCUUUCAGCAGACGAACAAUUGAAUAGAGAGACUGAAAACAGGAUUAAUAAUCUUUCAGAAUAAUUUCAGCCCAUUGUUCAGCUGCAUUUUCCUCUGUCUACUGAGUCAAUGAAAUGCAUAAUAAUUAAUGCAAACCUCAGAUUUUAAAUGUUGUCAUCAACUGAGGGAAUUUACUGACAGACCAAGUGAUUUUUGUAUUCUGGGUUCCAAAACGAUUUGAAUUUUUAAAAUUCCGUUGAAGGAGUUACCAGUUCGAAAUUUGUAGCUUUUCAUUUGUACACAUUAUAUGAACGAGGAUUGAAGGGAGGUUGGAACAAUAAUGGUGUUCGGUGGGAGCACGGCCUCCUUCGAUAGCUCUUUUGUGGGGGCUCUCUAUGGCGAUUAUGAGGAUGAAGAGAGUAGUUGUUGCUCAAGGUGUUGCCAGCGGUACCCAUGGCCCUCCAUCUCGGCUGGAAUAUUUAUCUUGUGUGGAAUUGCCGUUUGGUGUGCCACUGUUACAAUCGCUAGUGGUGAAAUGAUGGAUUUGUUUUCAGGAACGGUUGCAGAAGAUGAAUUUGAUCAAAUAUUUACUAUAGCCCAGUACGCCACUUACGGUGCCACAUCUUUCAUGAGCAUAUUAGGAUUCGUUUUAAUUGCGAUUGGUUGCCUGGCGACAGGUGCAGUACGCAGGUACCAUAUCUGCCGAUUCAGAAGUAGAUCCAGUGGGAUAUGUCAGACGACUACGUUCUUAAUUCUCACCUAUAUCGUCUUCCUGGGAUGGAUGGGUGUCGUAGUCGUCAGCAUGUUUCCAGUAGUGUUUUUUUCGGUGCAAAAGCAAACAAAUUGUCAGGUCGAAGAGUUCUCGCUCAUCACUUGCAUCGAUCUCGAAGAGUGGGGUUUUGUUGAUGACGAUGAAGAAGAACUGGAUUCCGAUUUCUGUAGUGAAAAUCUUGAAAAGCUUUGUACCGGGAAUCUAUAUCGUUUGUUUUUUAUGGCAACAAUGUCUGCAGUACUCAUAUGUGUUGGUCUGGCUCAAUUCUUAGCUACACUUUCGUAUAAUUCAGCUAAAUUACGUCAUCGAUACACAGCCCACAAUCAAGGGAAGUCAGGUUCUUAUAACCUACGUGCAAGCUAUCGCGCUGGUAGUUUUAGAAGCACAAGAAACCCGCACCGAGGAUCAACGGAAAAUAACGCAACACGACAGACCAAAUACGAUGAUACUGCUCGAUACCAAAGUCGUGAAAGCAUCGACAGACUUAAAAAAGAAUAUGCCAGGGACUACAGUAGCAGAGAGUUUGCUGGUGAUGACUAUUACUCGCAACAAGGCAGCAGGGAGAGGCUUGAGGGGAAAGGAAGUCACGAGCUGAGUACAAUCAGUACGUUUUACGGGGGCGACAGCAAUGACGGAAGAUAUAAUCCAAACAUCCACAGGGAAUACCACAUAUAAGUUACUGUCACCCCGAAUACAUUAUAAGCCUUUGUAUAUACAUGCCACCCCACCGCUUGAGACAUAAAUCUUACUGCUGGUGACCAUGCACCACGUUCAAAUAAUUGAUCAAUAUUAGACACUCACGAUACGAUGCUUUGAUCAACAUUAGACACUCACGAUACGAUGCAUUGAUCAACAUUAGACACUCACGAUACGAUGCAUUGAUCAAUAUUAGAUACUCACGAUACGAUGCAACUGCAAGACACAGCUAUUACUGCUUUUACUUCCUCUUUGUGAACAGGAAUAUCGUUUAUUUACCAAUAAAUUGCAUUAAUAUAAUAUUUUACACUCCACACCAAUCGUUAUCGUUUAGUACAUGUGUGGAUUUCCCAAUAAUAAUUUCAGUUUUUUAACUUUUAUAGACUUUCGCCAACUUUUGUACACGAAUGUAUGAAUUUAUAUACAAUGAACGCGGAGGAUCAUUAAUUGUCUAUGAUUAUUUUAUCCGUUUUAGUUACAGUAGUAAAAUGUUGUAAAAUCAAAGAUUUUUUUAUGAAAAGGUUUAAAGCAUUGAAACUGAAUAAUUGAAUAACUUUUUUUGUUAAUGAUUACGAUUAUUUAAUAAAAACUCCAAGACUUUGAUAUUGUACUUAAGAAAAUAUUAAACAGUUUGUACAUAGAGUAUCAUAAUACCAAUUUAAUUAAAACAAAUUUAUGAUGAUGAAUAAAAAUUUUGUUUUCAAUAAGGCUAUUUCUUAUUUCUUUCACAUUCACUUUUUAUUCACAAUUCAACAUGACCCAAACUUUAAAAAUGUUUUACAUUACCUAUAUAAACAUCAUUAUAUUUAUAUUUUCGACAAAAUCAGAUAUUGGAAAACAGGAGGAAAUAUAACGGCAAUUUACAUACAAUGUACAAGUUUAUGCAAGAAGCAUAAAAGAUCAUGUAAUACGAAUUUAACUUAUAAAGUAGAAAAUAAAAUGAAAAUAAAUACAAGAUGCAAAAGGGUAUUACACUGUAAAAUCAAUUAA